AUGGUAGUGCUAUGUUUAAUACCCACACUAGCCGAGCGAGUCUCCAACGGCUCGUUUCAGUUAAAAAACCGAUCCGAUCUGGUCUUGGCGCCGUUUUCCAUUUUCGUCAUCGUGUGCAGGUGCCGAGUGUUGGUCAGGGCAAUGUUAGCGGCUUUCAUUGAACUUUCUUUGUCUUUGUCUUGGAAGUAA